AUGAGAGCGCAUCACGCGCUGCGUUACAUGGCAGUGCUUGUCAUCAUCACAGCGAUGGUGCUCGAUAAUGACUUGUUUGUCACGGUGCCUGACAACUCAAAAAAGCAUCACUUGCGAGCAUCCCUGCAUACGCCGAUCCUCGGCCAAACAUCUGCUCUCAAACCUUUGCCGAUGCCCGCAGCUCUGCUGCUUCGAACCGCAUCGCGUUCUCCUUUCAUCAUGUACCACUUCCAUAGGGAAGAUCUAUUCGAUGCAUUAACCUCUUCCUGCCCCCAGACCAGCCUCACACGCGCCCGAGGAGUCCCACUCCCGCCCUCCCGCACCGCGCACCCGCCCUCCUGGCCGAGCCCUUGGCGACGAGGCUCCCGUAAGCACCGACGUGUCCGCGCCCCCCGGCUCCCCCCGCAUCCCCCGCCCCGGCCGGCCGGUCCCCCCCCGCCCGCGCGGCUCCGCAGCCGCACUGGUGCCGCUCCGGGCGGCGGAGAGCGCGGCUCCGGCACCAACUUUGGGAGCGGAGCGGAGCAUCCCGGUGCGGGGCGCGGCGCGGCCAUGCUGGGGCCGGCGGCGCGGCUGGCGCUGGGCGCGGGGGAGCUGCCGGGGCGGCUGCUGGCGCUGCUCUGGCCGGCGCUGGUCCUGGCGGCCGCCGCGGCCGCGCUGAUGGUCCUGGUCCUGCGGGGACUGCGGGGCCGCCGGGCCGCGCCGGGACCCCCCCGCCGCCGCACCGCCGGGGAGGCGCAGGAGCAAGAGGAGGAGGAAGAGGAGGAGGAGGAGGAGGAGGGGGAGGAUGCCCUCGCGGGGGCCGGCGGCCGGGCCGCCGGGGCGCUGCCGUCGCGGCAGCCGGAGGAACAAAGGCGCACGGCGCAGGUCCCAGUAAAUGGCCAAGUUAUCACAUCAGUCAACAUCAGAGAGAAAAAGCUCCUCAAGCCCAAGAAGAAGAGGAAAACCCAGUGCUCAGACAAGGAAGUGCCAAAAGAUCUGCUUUCUGUGGAAAAAGACAAACCACAAGAAGAGGAAGGAGUUUGGCAGACCAAGAUCAGCAGCCGUGAAAAGAGACACUUAAGGAAGGAAAGGCUGAAACAAAAAGACCCCAGCAGAGCAUCCCUGGGUAGCUCAGCGGUUGAGCCAGCCUUUGACUGGGAUGAGAAGGGAGCGGUGUGGCCACUCACAGGGGACACCAGUGGUGGUGGAAAAGGUGCUCUCUUUGCCAAGGCAGAGUGUGGGGCCACGCUGAAGGACUCAGGAGCCACACGGGAAGAAUCAGUGCCCUCCCGGUCAGAAGAGGAUAUUUUCUCCAAUGUAGGAACAUGGGAUAUUGCAGAUGUAAAAUCCUGUCCUGUGACCUUUGGGACGUUAUCAGAUCUGUCCAGGGAUUUAGAUAACAUGAAGAGUAAAUCAUCUGAGGACAGUCCUUCCAGAUGCUGUUGGCACAGCAGCUCGACUUUCCUCCCCACAGACGAUGUGUGGCAGGGGCAGGAUGACCCUUCAGCGUUUGACCUGGACUCUGACUGGAAAGCUCCCAUGGAAGAGUGGGGGAACUGGACUGGAGAUGAGGAACAUCAGACAGGGGAGGAGAAGGAGAAGGAUUUGCCAAAAGGCAAAGUAGGGAUUCGCUUCUGCCCUUCUGGACUUGAAAGCAAAACACAGCGGAAGAAGAAGAAAAUGGAAGUGAAGGAAGCAAGGGGUGGAUCUGGGCUGAAGCAUCAAGGUUUGCAAACAAGAAUCGAAGAAGGCCCAAGGGACUUGAUAUCUACAAACUAUAGCAGUGAUGCGGUCUCUGUUUCCUUCAAAAAAUCCUUGGAUGUUGCUAAUAAUUCACCCAGUAAUGGUGUAUCUGGAAAAAAGGAGAGGAGGAAGAGGAAGAAAAUGAAGAAAGAGACUUGAGGGAAUUAUGCAGCUGCCAGAGUGACAACCCGAUGGGGCAGGCAUACUGAUGAGCUGCAAGGAUUCUGCUUUCUGCGAUGCCACACUGAGCCCCAAGCAAAGGGAGACUUCAGGAGACUCCCAGUGAGAGGAAGAGGAGAAGAAGAACAGUGAGCCAGAGAGCAUGAGUGUGUGAGAGAACAGAGAGAGUGAGCAGGCUGUGCACAGGAGGUGGUUUUGAAACA